AUGAAGCAGAUAUCCUAUUUGAUGGUGUUCAACAUCAUCAUUAGGUACAAAAAGGGGACGCCGAACAAGUUAGCCGAUAUAUUAUCUCACCCGUCCGUGAGGGCUCUUUUGGUGGCGACGUGCAUUCAACCCUUGGUUCCUUUGGAGUAUGUACAGAUGUACACAUAUAGCAGAGACUUCAAUAGUGUGUUCAAGCAGGCGAAGGCUGGUCGAAGAGGGGAGUAUGAGAUUGGUGAAGAUGGUUUGUUGUAUCGUUGGACAUCGCUUUGCAUUCUAGAGGAUGGCGACCAAUUACAGUGGAUUCGAGAAGCACAUACAUCACGUGCGCAAGGUCAUUUUGGGAUUCAGAAGACGCUUCUCAAUCUACGGCGCCAUGUCUUUUGGCCAAAAAUGUUGGAGGAUGUUACUAAGUAUGUUGGAGGGUGUAAGCUAUGUUGCAUAUUGAAGCCUUCUAAUCAAAAACGGGGAUUGUAUCCAUCAUUGCCGCUUUAUAUGGCUGAUCAAAAGCAAACUGGUCACAAAAUUCUCCUAAUUCCUUUCUCUUAG